AGCGAUUCAGGAAGCGGAAGACAUGAAAAUUCUGGUUUGUUUUGUCAGGUAGUUGAGCAUCUUUGAUUAAGAAUAGGUGUAUUGUUUUCAUUUUGUUAAUCGUAACACAAACUUGACUAGAAAUGGCUCUACCACCGCAAUUCAAAUCCAUUCAGCACCAUCUACGAACGGCACAGGAACAUGAGAAACGGGACCCAGUUGUGGCUUAUUACUGUCGGCUCUACGCUAUGCAGACGGGCAUGAAGCUGGACAGCAAAUCGCCAGAAUGCCGGAAGUUUCUGGUGAACCUGAUGGAUCAGCUGGAAACGAUGAAGAAAGAGCUAGGUGACAACGAGUCCAUCUCCCAGGAGAUUGUUGGCAACGCCCAUAUCGAAAACUAUGCCUUAAAAAUGUUUCUGUAUGCUGACAACGAGGAUCGAUCAGGACGGUUUCACAAGAACAUGAUUAAGUCCUUCUACACCGCCAGCCUGCUGUUGGACGUCCUCUGCGUUUUCGGGGAGAUGUCGGAGGAGAACGUCCAACACAGGAAGUAUGCGAGAUGGAAGGCGACCUACAUCCACAACUGUCUGAAGAACGGCGAAACCCCGCAGUCCGGGCCAAUGGAGGGGGAAGCGUAUGAUGAUGAAUUCGGGGCGGACGGUGGGAUGCCCUCCAUGUCCUCCUACCAGCCUCCCUCCUCCACCCUCUCGCCCGGGCCGGGGGGAGGCACGGGGACCAUGCCGCACGCCAACUUCAACAACAUCCAGAUCCCUCCUGGAGCCCAUGCACCCGCCAACACUCCUGCCGAGAUCCCUCCGCCCACAGACCCCGUCAAACCAGUGCCUACCCCCCGGAGCAUGCCUGCAGUCGACCCCUCGCUGCUCAACGCCAGCCAAGAGGGGGAUAUCCGGCUCACUGCAGAAGACUUCACGCGGGCGCAGAAGUACUGUAAGUACGCCGGCAGUGCACUGCAGUAUGAAGACGUCGGCACGGCCAUCCAGAAUCUGCAGAAGGCCCUGAAGUUACUCACCACUGGCAAAGAAUGAGGCCUUUGUCCCGGCAACCGCCGUAUCGCUCAUCUGGCCCGCAGAACUGAGCCGCCAUUACUCCCGCCUCAGCCCUACCAGAAGAAAGCAAUCCUGUCCGAGCCCACAAAAAUCACUGUAAACAACAAUAGCAUCUGUGUCUCUAAUGUGUGUCGGCUUCCCUGCGUAGCCUUCGCUCGGUAGGCCAUUACCAUAGAGGGGAACCGAGCAACAAAGCUUUCCGGUUUAUCAGAAUGCAUCUUGACCACCAUGCUGUAAUCUAUACAGGUGACAACGCCCCAGAUUCAUUCUACCCAACGUGCUGCAUUGCCCUGAAUUGCGUAUUAUACAUUCAAUAAUAUCACUGUUUUUGUUUUGUAGUAUUGUUAUUAAUAACAUUCACCAUAGCUAAAUUGUUGGCUAGUCGUUAGAAAUGUUUUUGCUUAAAUGAAAAGUACAGAAAAGGCUGGUUAGAUUGAAUCUGGGCUCACGUUAAUUUGCUGGUUCAUGCUGUUAUUGAAAGUUUACUCUGCUUGCUUGUGUGGUUUUGAAACAUGCAGGGGUGUUGGCAAUAGUAGGCAUUCAGGCUUGCUCCUAUACUGACCCUAACUUAGCCCAUAUUGGUUUCAAUAAAAACCAGCUGCAUUUGGAAGAUAUUCAUUUAACUAUUUACUACUUUUUUUUUUUUCACUUAACUUUUCCUGCUCUGUGGUGGAAGGAGUAUACCAACUCAUUACUUUGGAUGAACACAUUUGGCAAUUAAAAUGUUUAAAUGAA